UCUCCAUAGUUACCCUGAAUUUGAGCGAAUCAACAUAUCGUGUGUGAUGCAACACUAGGAGUCAGUGAAAAUGUAUUGGACUUAUAAAAGUGUGGUUGUGGUGUGUAUGUGUGCGGUCGUAAGGACUCAGGUCAUCCCGGGGAAGGCUAGGACCAGUGAUGGGGAUUAUAAUAACGUGAAUCCUGAUGGAUCCUUUGAUUUUGGGUACGCGAACAAGGACCGGGGUGCGAGCUACCAUUUAGCUCAUGCGAACGCUAAUGGCGUGGUUGGGGGGAGGUUUGGCGCUAAGGACCCGGCUACUGAUACUGUGAAGGAAACUGUUUAUACUGCUGGGCCUAGAGGAUUCCGCGCAAAGGGUCCCAACGUGCACAGAAACAUGGACUUAGACCAAAGACCCCGGGGGAACAUCGGCAAUAAGGAUGACCCCUACUUUGACCCCAAUGAAGACCCCAGCUACUCCUUCAAGAUCGACACUAGGACAUACACGAAGAACGAGAACGCUGAUAGCAGGGGCGAUGUGACUGGUCACUACUCAUUCGUUGACGACGUGGGUGAACGUCACGAGGUCUCCUACAUAGCUGGGAGGGACACCGGCUUCCACGUGUCUUCAGCUCAUCCAGAUAACCCCAGCAUCAUCGGGUCUCCGUUCCAUAGGGUGCCGUUGGUGAGAGGCGAGACUAAGGCCAGAGGCAGGACCGCUGUGCAAAGAGGAAGGGAUGGCUCUUAUAGGUUCAUAUCAGCAGGUCCGGAUCAGAGGCGAACUGAAAGCAGUGACUCACAAGGCAAUGUCAGAGGAUCAUACACAUUCUUGGACGACAAAGGUGUUCAAAGGACCGUUAACUACAUAGCUGGUCCUGGCAUCGGCUACCGUAUAGUGAAGAACAGCAACGACCCUUACAUUCCCCCCUACUUUCCCACCAUACCCAGUCAGUAUGACCCUGAGUUCAUCAACGCGGGCUCCAAGUACGGCGCUGGAAGUCCACCUGCUGCAGCCGCUGAUGAUGUUUUUAAAGGCCCCGAUGGUACCGCAGCAUCAGGUCACGUGAAACCACCUCCGUUCCCAACCAGCGACUCCGACAGACCAACGAACACCGUCCCAGCAUCUGGCCCAGUUCCCCCAGACUCUAGCCCGGCUGAUGGUAGCGAACCCCAGUACAACCCGCCUCCGAACUUCAACCAAAACUCAGGCGCCGAUGAUGGAACCAUCAUAGAUGAAGACUCCACGCCCACAGGACCAUUCGGACCACCUCAGCCGACGAAAGGACCAGGCAAGCCGGGCCGGCCGAUCAGCAAACCUUAUAGGCCGGCGAAGAAACCGUAUGUGCCACUAAAACCUUUCCAGACUCCAAACGAUAUAAGCGACGAAGUCAUAGAUCACGACCAUGAUAGAAAUACUCCAGAGUUUGCAAUAGGAUUUAAUAUAAAUCAUAAUAAGCCUGGUACUACGAUUAUUAGGAAUUUAGGUCGGGAUUACUUUGGCGUUCCUCCCGGGGUGUCGGUAAGGGCGCAUGUUCAGAGUAUCGACUUAUACCCUUUCGGUUCUAAGCCCAUAUCGCCUGCUGAAGCGUUAGAAAACGAUCAGACGUAAAUUAUGGACUGAUCACGGUUUCCCUACAUCGAAGUAUUAUUUUAAAGAUAUAAGAAUUGUAAUUAAUAAAGUAUCUAUAAAUUGAGUUGCGUUUGAUUUGUCACACCAUCCGGAAAGAUCUUAAGAAAUAUCAUAUCACAUUGUUAGUAGUAGAUACAAAAACAUAAAUAUACCACACGUAUUUUAGACGUUUUUUAACAUUCCACCUUAACUCCACAGAAUAAACUACCGAAACUGCUAUUCAUUCAAGGAACAGAAUAAAACAAGUCCAAAAUGAUUUUUAAAAAAUUUAUUCGAACAACACGACUGUAAUAACAAAAUGCAAAAUAGUAACUGUUACAAGGAGUCGGGUUGUUUGUAUGUGUGUGUGCGUGACGUCAUCCCAUGCCCCACUCCCGUAUACACCCCUACUCAUUACGAUAGGAAUUAUGCAAAAUGGUGUAACAAAGAUAACAAGAAUAGGAUAUCAUUGGAAGGGGUAAAUUUGGCAAAUCUCAAGAAGUGAAAUAUUAACAGGAAAGUUAUUGUGGUUAAAUUAAUUUAGACUAAAUAGAUAUAUUUAUUUUUUUAUAUAUAAUAUAAUUAAAUAAGUACCUAACUACUCGAUUGUGAAAUUGAUCAAACAAUGUCUAAUAUUUUUUUCUUAAUAAUUUCAAAAAUGUAUAAUUAUUGGUUACAGUUCGCUAGGAUAGUCAAAUAAAUGUUACAUUAACGUGUAAAUAUUGUAAGAAUUCUUUAAUAAAUAAAUUAUUAUAGUUAUA